AUGGCGGCUCCCGAACGUCGGUUGGGGCUCGAUAUCGAACGAUCAGCGUGCUUGCCCGAGGAAACUGCAGUACCGCCCCCUCCCGCACUUCCUUCACACACUCAAGACCCCCUCUACAAGUCAGGCACCGUGUGCUUUGUCUGCCUUGAUAGUCCCCGAGAUGGACAAUAUGUCGUUAAAGUGAAAUGUCUCAAACCAAAGCGGAAGAGAAAAAUAAUCCAAUGGACCCUUGAGACUACCCACAGCGAAUCGCUUUCCGAGACAUCUUCAGACACCCCUUCGCACUCGUCGGAGAGCCGCACAGUCCGUAUGAGGAAGGAGACAGCUAUUUACGAGCGUCGUCAACCGUGGGACACUGUUCUCGAGGACGACAGAAAAGUAUAUAUCAGAAUGCUCGAAGCAUGCUUCCAGCAUUUAGGGAAAUGGAGGAAGUGGUUACCCUUCUACGGCGUUGUGAGCGUCACUGAGUUUCAGUUCGAUGGCAGGAUCAGCCGUGGUGGUCGUUUCUCUGGUCUAAUGAUACCCGUAGAUAUCGACAAGAUCAUCAAGGACUGCGAACAGGCCAUCGAGAUGGAGCCGAUGCCCGGCGAUCACAACGGCUGGGAUUCCUGUUAUAACGGUCACCAUGCCACGGACUGCAAAAACAAAAUGGAAUGGGACCAAAAAUGUCUUACGGUGUCAGCAGAGAAGGCCAACGAACGUCUGCGGCGGAUACCAUUGCACUAUUUAUUUACCCUUUGCGCCCGGAACCCCACGGAUGCUAACGGUUUGGAUACCUUGUCUGGGAUGACGCAGGGCAGCUGCAUCUACUCGACAUUGUAA